UUCUCUUCAACUCAAUUAUCCAUCCCUAUUCAUGGUGAUCCUCACUUCCUGAUUCAACAAGCGAACCCGAAAAAGAUCUCAAAUUUAUCAAACCCCGCACUUCAAAACACCAAUAUAAUCACAACCCAGACCUUGAUUUUUUUUUUUCAAUCUUGUGAAUUUUAUUGGGGAAAAUCAUGGGGACUGAAAACUCAUCAGGAUUGGAGAUAACAGAGCCAUUAUUAGUUGAGAAAGACUUGAAAACCCCAGCUUUUGGUGAAAUUCCUCACUGGAGAGAUCAGAUUACAAUCAGGGGAUUAGUAGUUAGUGCUUUAUUAGGAACUUUGUUUUGUAUUAUAACUCAUAAACUUAAUCUCACUGUGGGUAUUAUACCUUCUCUCAAUGUUGCUGCUGGUUUACUUGGUUUCUUCUUUGUUAAGUCUUGGACUACUUUCUUAUCUAAAUUAGGAUUUCAAGUUAAACCCUUUACUCGUCAAGAGAAUACUGUGAUUCAGACUUGUGUUGUUGCUUGCUAUGGACUUGCUUUUAGUGGUGGAUUUGGAUCGUAUCUGAUUGCAAUGGAUGAGAAAACAUAUAAACUCAUUGGUCCUGAUUACCCUGGUAACCGAGCUGAAGAUAUUAAGAAUCCAUCUCUGGGUUGGAUGAUUGGUUUCAUGUUUGUUGUCAGUUUCCUUGGAUUGUUCAGUUUAGUUCCUCUUCGCAAGGUAAUGGUUAUUGAUUACAAGCUAACAUACCCGAGUGGGACAGCGACAGCAAUGUUGAUUAACAGCUUUCAUACAAAUACAGGGGCUGAGCUUGCUGUGAAGCAAGUACGAUGUCUUGGGAAAUAUCUUGGCAUAAGCUUCUUUUGGAGCUUCUUUAAGUGGUUUUUCAGCGGUGUUGGCGACUCUUGUGGCUUUGAUAAUUUUCCUACACUUGGCCUGUUAUUGUACAAAAACACAUUUUACUUUGACUUCAGUCCGACUUACGUUGGAUGUGGUCUUAUUUGCCCCCAUAUAGUCAACUGCUCAGUUCUUCUUGGUGCCAUAAUAUCAUGGGGAUUUCUUUGGCCCUUUAUUAACACCCAUGCUGGUGAUUGGUACUCUGCCGAUCUUGGGAGCAAUGACUUUAAAGGUCUCUAUGGAUAUAAGGUUUUCAUAGCUAUAUCUUUAAUUCUCGGAGAUGGUCUCUAUAAUCUAGUCAAGAUAAUAGCAGUAACCAUAAAAGAAAUUUACAACAGCAGCAGCAAACAAAGCCUACCAGUUGUCAACGAGGUUCAAGAUCAUGGAAGCUCCAAGUUACUAGUGGAACAAAGAGAAAAGGACGCGAUUUUUUUGAAAGACAGGAUACCUUCCUGGUUGGCAGGUUCUGGAUAUGUUGGGCUUGCUGCAAUAUCAACAGCAGCAAUACCCAUGAUUUUCCCACCUCUUAAGUGGUAUCUGGUUCUCACUUCAUACAUCGUUGCCCCUGCUCUUGCCUUCUGCAAUUCGUAUGGUACUGGGCUCACUGACUGGAGUCUAGCCUCAACUUACGGGAAAAUUGGGCUUUUCUUCUUUGCUUCAGUUGUAGGAACCAAUGGUGGAGUAAUAGCAGGAUUAGCUGCUUGUGGUGUUAUGAUGUCCAUUGUGUCAACUGCUGCUGAUUUAAUGCAAGACUUCAAGACAGGUUACCUCACGUACUCAUCAGCGAAAUCAAUGUUUGCAAGUCAGAUUGUUGGGACAGCAAUGGGCUGCGUAAUAGCACCACUAACUUUCUGGUUAUUCUGGACUGCGUUUGACAUUGGUGAUCCAAAUGGUCCUUACAAAGCACCAUACGCUGUUAUAUUCAGGGAGAUGGCAAUUCUAGGAAUAGAAGGUUUCUCUGAGCUUCCCAAGCAUUGUUUGGCAAUCUGUUAUGGGUUCUUCAUAGCAGCAAUUGUGAUAAACAUUCUCAGAGAUGUAACUCCACCGAAGAUCUCGCAGUUUAUCCCGAUACCCAUGGCGAUGGCAAUACCAUUCUAUAUCGGAGCUUACUUUGCAAUCGACAUGUUUGUCGGUACAGUAAUAUUGUUUGUGUGGGAACGUGUGAACCGUAAGAGUUCUGAAGAUUUCGCAGGAGCUGUUGCUUCGGGUCUUAUCUGUGGUGACGGAAUUUGGACAGUACCGUCAGCUAUACUCUCUAUUUUGAAGGUCAAUCCUCCCAUCUGUAUGAGCUUUGGACCUACCUAAGUAGCGUCAUCUUCUGUAAUUACAUGAAUCCUGUAAAUAUUUCGUCUCUUAUCACUGGAACUGGUUGAAUUCUAAAGGUGAAAUCUUCUGUAAUUACUUUCAUGUUAUUGUAUUAAUUCCUUCAUUUUAAUGAAACUCUCUGGUCCAAAAAAUCAACAGACCGUUGAAUUAUUUGAAAGAGAGAUAUUCAGACUCUACAGUUGGUGAUUAUUGUUUA